AUGGCAGCUGAAUUAACGGAUCGCCAAAAGAAUGACCUGCACAGGGCCAUCUUGGACUACCUCAAUUCCUCUGGAUUUCACAAGACUUUCGAUCAAUUCAAGGAGGAAUCUUCUCAGACCGACUUUCAACCAGACACGAGCAAUAGCCUUUUAGUGAAAAAAUGGAUUAGUGUCAUACGCUUACAGAAAAAGAUCAUCGAUCUAGAGUCUCGGCUGGCUCAGGCGUUACAGGAGAACGCAAGUAUGGCCCUCAACCCAGCGAACUCAAAUCAACGCGGCAACUCAGAUUGGCUUCCAGCUGUAACGCCACCGAAACUCGUCUUAACUGGCCACAGAGCCAACGUCAAUGCCGUUGCCUUUCAUCCUCGCUAUUCGACUAUCGUAUCGGCAAGCGAUGAUAGCACGAUGAAAGUGUGGGAUUGGGAAACGGGGGAGUUGGAGCGUACCUUACAGGGGCAUACUAGACGCGUCAGCGACUGCGAGUUCGAUUCCAAAGGGAAGUUGUUAGUGUCGGGGUCUCAUGAUCUCUUCCUCAAGCUCUGGGACGUCGACAAUGAUUACAAGAAUAUCGCAACUUUCAGGGGGCAUGAACACUCCAUAUCUACUGUCCGGUUCCUCCCUGGCGACGAGCGUGUUGUCAGUGCUAGUCGGGAUAAGACUGCGCGCAUCUGGGAGGUCGCAACCUCACAUUGUAUUCAAGUGCUCAGGCCGCACGAUGAUUGGAUCAGGUCAGCGUCACCAAGUCCCGAUGGACGGUUGCUUGUGACGAGCUGCAUGGACCAUACCGCGCGUGUCGUUGAAGUUGCAACUGGCACUACCAAAUGCGAGUUCAGGGGACAUAACAAUGUUGUCGAGAAUGCCAUUUUCGUUCCUCGAAAUGCCUUGCCGGCUUUAGCUGAACUUCUCGGCACAUCUGGCCCAACUCACGGGAAAAUCCUGGAAGAGUCGUCGGCUGCGUACAUAUUGACGGCCUCUCGGGAUCAGAAGAUAAAGUUGUGGGAUACGCGAGCCAACCAGUGCUUGUACACCUUCGUGGGACACGAUGGCUGGGUACAUGGCCUUGUUUUCCAUCCAAACGGACGGUAUCUACUAUCAGCGGCAGACGAUGGGUCGAUCCGUGUCUGGGAUCUCAAGACGGGACGGUGUAUUCGGAAGCUGGAGACCGGGGAGCGUUUCGUGACCUCAUUAGCGUGGUGUAAACAAACUACGGGUGGCGGUGCGUCAGACGAUGGUGCCGACCAAGAGCCCGCCCGGCGAGUGAACGCGAUAGCCUCCGGUUGUUGGGACUUUACCAUCAAGAUUUGGAGACCGUGA